UGUGCAUUUACAAAACUGUUUCCUCAUGAAACACCUCAAAAGCUUUACUGUUUUGUUUUAUGAAUGUGCUGAAACCCGGUGGACCCGCUUUUAUACAGCUUAAACUUCUGAGGACGACAAACUGUGGUAUAAUUUGAGCAGCGCUGUGCUGGUUAAAAGUGGGCAGAGCGGCUCCCAGCACCACCGCCCACUUGCUGAUGCCAGCAGGUCAUGCGGCCUCCACUGUUUUGAUCCGCAGCUCGGACCCGGCGGGGAGGAGAUGGCGGAAGGCUGGCUGUCCGGGUGACUCUUUUGAGCAGCCCAGCCGUUGCGAUUAAAACCGUUGUAAAUAAUCAGACAAGAAUUAGCGGGAAAGCUGGCAGCGUUGUACGGGACUCGAUUCCUCCAGGAGGACAUGGAGAUCACGGCGGAGGGAGAGGCGGAGGAGCGCAGGAGGGAGCACUGGAAGCUGCUGUCCAGCCUGAAGACCACAGUGGAGGGCCUCGUGUCCACCAAUAACCCCAAUGUGUGGUCGCGAUAUGGCGGCUUGCAGCGGCUGCACAAGGACAUGAACAACAUCCUCAGCCACGGGCUAAAGAAUGAGCAGGUGUACUACAAGCAGAGAGACUAUUGGCCGUUUGUUUGGUGCGUUCGCUACAUCAGCCCCCACCUCGCCUCACAUGUCGAACAGUUCAGUCACUUGGAGCCGGUGUUGAGCAGUGGGAUGCAGAGUGCAGGUGAAAGCUACAAGGCCGAGCGUUGGCUGUUCCACAGCUUACAGGUUCACAUGCUCUCAGCCCAGCUCCGACCUCUGCUCAGACAUCUGGGACACACACGGAAAUAUUACAACGAUGAUGCCUUUCUGCUGAGCGAGCCUCAUGUGACCGCCAUGUUUCAGUGUCUAGAAGCUGUGGAGCAGAAUAAUCCCAAACUGUUGGCCCAAGUAGACACUGUUGGGCUGUCCCCUCUGAAGGGCCCACCCUGCCUGGGUCUGUUGAAGAGCCAGAGCCUGUGUGUGCUGCCAGGGGCCGGAGGGGCCUGGAGGAGCGCUGACAUGGCUCCCAGAGGAGAUUCCCUAAACCGCAGGCUCACCACCUCCAACUGCUCUCUGCGAGAAGCAGUUACCACCAGCCACAACUCAACCAGGAACACAGGGGCUGGAUCCCAAAACAGCAACAGCACAAACACUACCUCUCCAGCCAGCAGCCUGGGACCUCCCUGGGUGUGUGUGUCCCAGCCGGGGGAGAGCGAGCAACUCAUAACACCCCCUCCUGGCUCGCUGUCUGUCCCCAGCAUCUCCCUCACAGAGCCCUCCUCCUGUCCACCUGAGGCUGGGGACUCCGGUGACGGCGACUCCGACGAUGGUCCGGAGUACCUGGCUAUCGGUAACCUGGGGCAACGCAGUCGCCGCGACUCCCGAAGGACAUCCCUCAACAGUGAACAAGAUGAAACCAAGGACCAGACUUUGCAGCAAAAUUCCCUGUCCCCGACCCCGGCCCAACCGAGGCGCUCGUCUUUUUCAGAGGGCCAAAAGGGGCCGAGCAAGGGCACCCGGGGACACAGUCGCUCGUUUUCAGACACGGGUGUCAAUCAAAAACUCAGGAAUGGAGGGGGCCACAGAAAAAUCACCAUAAUAAUAGAAGAUCCGGUAGCAGAAUCGGCAGGAGACUGCUGCAUGAAGGACUACAGCCCUUUCUCACCUCAGCGAAGUGAUGCCAGCACCCCAAAUUCUCUUUACAUGGAGUCACAUGGGUCUCAGUACAGCAAUGUACCAGAUGGGAUGUUCAGGAAGCCGUCGGAGGGGCAGAGCCUCAUCAGCUACCUGUCAGAGCAGGACUUUGGCAGCUGUGCUGACCUUGAAAAGGAGAACGCUCAUUUCAGCAUCUCAGAGUCACUCAUUGCAGCCAUCGAACUGAUGAAGUACAACCUGCGGCGUCAGGAGGAGGAGGGUGAGGAGGAGGGAGACAGCGACUGUGAGAUUCAGCAGCUCAAGCAGAAGAUCCGCCUGCGGAGGCAGCAGAUCAGGCGCAACCGUCUGCCGCCCUGCACAACCUCCCAACACAUUUUCCAUUCUACUGACAGUGGAGGCUCCAGGAGGAGCUCUCAGGACUCCUCUCAGGGCCUGUCUGACUCUGGAUCAGCUGAGGAGGUGGAGGAGUGCGAACUACGAGAUGGCUGUGAGGGUCAGUCCCUGCUGGCGGUGUCUCAGAACGGCCUCUCCCUGUCACUCGCCUCCCUCUUCUCAGAUGCAGACAUAAAGCGCAGCGUGAGCUCCAGCAGCAGGUCUUUUCUCAGCUCAGAGUCCAUCUCUCCCUCCUUCCUUCAGUCUAACUCGGCUGAGUCCGUAGCGAUGGGUUUGCUCAGGCAGUUUGAGGGCAUGCAGCUUCCUGCAGCCUCUGAGCUCGACUGGCUGGUCCCAGAACACGACGCUCCACAGAAGUUGCUGCCCAUCCCUGACUCUCUGCCGAUCUCCCCCGAUGACGGUGAGCAUGCGGACAUCUACAAAUUGAGGAUUCGUGUACGAGGUAACCUCGAAUGGGCACCGCCUCGACCGCAGAUCAUCUUCAACAUUCAUCCUGCCCCCAAGAGGAAGAUAGUUGUUGCUAAGCAGAACUACCGCUGCGCUGGCUGUGGCACCCGCAUCGACCCAGACUACAUUAAGCGACUGCGUUACUGUGAAUACAUCGGCCGUUACUUCUGCCAGUGCUGCCAUGAGAACGCCCAGGCCGUGGUUCCCGGCAGAGUCCUGAGGAAGUGGGACUUCAGCAAAUACUACGUCAGCAACUUUGCCCGGGACCUGCUGAGCAAGAUCGCCGGAGAUCCGCUGUUCAACCCCAGUGACAUCAACAGCGGCCUGUACAAGAAAAUCAAAGCGCUGGAGGCUGUUAGGGUUUUAAGGGAGCAGCUCUUUCACAUGAAAAAUCUCUUCAAGACCUGUCGCUUUGCUAAAGAGGUGUUGGACCAGUUCGACUGCCUGCCAGGUCACCUGACCGAGGACCUUCACCUCUUCUCCCUCAAUGACCUCACUGGUGUGCGCAACGGCGAACUGGCUCCCCGACUGAAAGAGCUGCUUAAACUUGGUACCAUGCACGUAGCUGGCUGUGUGCUGUGCCAGGCGAAGGGCUUUGUGUGCGAGUUCUGCGGCAACGACAAAGACAUCAUCUUCCCCUUCCAGCUGAGCAAAUGCCAGCGCUGCGAAGAGUGCCACGCGUGUUACCAUCGCAGCUGCUUCCGGGCCGGUAAAGACUGCCCUCGAUGUCAGCGGCUGGCGGAGCGCCGAGAGAGGAUGGCUCGCAAAAACAUGGAGGAGCAGGAAGAUGAAGGAGGUGGGACUUAGUGCUGGUUGUCCGAGGAGGAAGCGCAGAACUGAAGAAGAGCACAACACGACUCAUGAUUGUAGUCACCGACCACGUUUCUUUCCGUUCUGACCCUCUCAGACCUGGGUGACAGCGCCCACUGCAAACUGAGCUCUACAGAUGAGUUUUACUACGUGAUGGCAUCGGUUAUCUGCUGAUUAUCAGAUGAAGGUUUUCCAUAAUCUUCUUUUAGGCAUGCACUUUACCCCAUAAACUCAUCCUGCUUCCAAAGUAGGUGGGAUAAAUGAAUUAAAAUAAAAUAUUCUUCAUUGAACAACACCUGCGCAUCUUCUUAAUGUGGAAAAAUUUCCUCAAGAAAAACCCCCAAUAUAGUUUCAUUGACAAAUUCAUUUUCCUGCCUGAGUAUUUUAUUUAAAAUUCUUGGACAUAAAUGACAGUUACCAGCAACAUUAGCGGUAACUCUAAACCAGUGAAAUAAGUGAUGUAAAUAUAUAUAUUUGCCUCAUUGUUUUCUUUCACCGUUCUCAUCAGCGCUGCAUCAUUCCACUUCGAGCUGCUCUGUUUGAGAAUGUGUGAAUGAUAAAACCUCAACAGAUGUUUGACGCUGAAAAGAGCCAAAGAUUAAGCUUGUUACAACUUCCCAUGUUGUUGUAACUGUAGUAAAAUGAACCAGUCUGUCAACAAAACAGCACGUAUUUGCUCAGACGGCUGUACCCGGGUCUGAUAUUCCUCCCUUAUAAUUGCAGGCAACUGCUUGGACUCUGGUAAUUUCACUGGCUACUGGCUUAGCUGAAGUUUUUUUUUUUUGUGACCUAAAAUGGCAGGAUCAGUUUUUUUGUUGUUUUAAAGAACUCAACUGGACGUUUAAAAGUUUAGCUUUUUUUAUGAUUUGACUGAUUUUCAGUGCAGAUACUGUAUAUGAAUAAUCCUGUCACUUUACCAUGAGGUUGUUUUGUUUUAAUUUGAACAAAUUUAACUGAUGCUUUUGUUUUUUUGCCUCGCUCCUCACCGUCCCCUUUUUAAGCUGUUUUAGCCACGUUUAUGUGCCUCUGGGACCAAUGAACUUAGACCGGCAGAGAGAGCGAGCUGAAUUUAUAGAAGGACUUCAGAAAGAGGUUUCAGAAUCCGUGUCGCAAGUACUUUAAAUGAAACUGCAAAUGCUCCAUUUUUGCGUUGCUCUGUGUGCCUAAGUCAGUGUGUGUGUGGUUACUAGAGAGAGCUGUGUGAAUAUGAGCGCGCGUGUGUGUGUGUGUGCACGUCUACCUGCUGUGCACAAAUGGUUUGCACCAGCCUAAUCAGCACUUGCCUGUUUUCUAACGCUGUAGGUUUUGGAAUAAUGGAGAGAGUUAAUUGCACUGAUUCCUGUGUGUUUUUGACGGAGGAGGGUGGAGUCUGGACGUCACUUUUUGGGUUUUGUUCAAAAUGUUCAUUGUAAGAAUGUGAACUUACACUUUGGAAUGUUCCUGUUUUGUUUUUGUUUUAACCCUGUCAGGUGGGUUACACAUCGGUGUGAGGAGUUUCAAUUCAAAAUAAGAGUUCCACAAUGUAAUACAUCUGGACUUUUAAUUUGUAGCAAAACUGAAAAAUGUAUUAAUCACCUUUUGGACUGAAAUUCUUCAUAUUGCAGCAUAUUUUUUCUCCUUGAGCAGCGAUUAUAGUGCAGGGUUGAAUAUUGAUGUCACAUUCUUGCCACUGUGCUCCAUAUUCAACAAAGAAAGGGAGGAACUCCAUGACUUGCUCUGUAAAAAGGUUGGGAAAAAAAGCUUCUGAUCAGCACCUCUAAAGCUUAGUUAUUGGUACACACCAUGCUUGUUUAAUCUGCAGAAAAACUGAAGUGACAGUUUGCUGUCUUUUGGGGUUGUGCCACUGUUUUUUUUUUUUUUUUAACGGGACCACUAACUUUUCUGGAAUCUUCGCUGGAUGUCUUGGUUAAGCAGUGGGAUCAAUCUUUUUAUCUAACUCUCUGCAAGAAAGCAAAUAAGCAUUUUUCCCCAAAUAUUUCUUUAAAAUGAAACAGACUGUCAUUGCUCACAGUGCAAACAGUAAUUUGACAUCUGUCUAAUCUAGUUGAGGGACUUUUAAAGCCCAAAGAGGUUAAAAAAAAAGUCCUAAAUUAGACAAUCCAAAAAUGAAAGAAAAAUCAGAAAGUUUUUUAAACUUUCCACACCACAUGCUUUUGUUUCUGGUUUUGCUUGCACUUUCAACCAUCUGCUGAUCCCUCUGAUUUGACUUUUGACCUCCUAAAUUGGAAACUACUGACCUAGAAUAGAUUCUAUAGACAUUUUUCACCAGUUGCUGCUUAUUUAUAAGUCCUGCAGUUUUCUAGCAUCUCUUGUGGCUUCAUUCCAUGUGAAUUAGUGUCCCUGUUGUGGAUUGGAAUCACCGCCACAGUAGUCAUGAUCAAAACUGAAAGUCAUGUGAAAACAAAUGUGCAGCCUGAUAAUGAGAUUAUUGUGGACUUUACUUAAUGAGCACCAACCUUUUAAAAGCUUAAUCUCUAGAAUGCAUCUCAUCUAUAAACUGUGAACAGACUUUGCUUUAAGUGUCCACGCCCUCACGAGACGAACAUGUGCCACCUUUAUGUCCUUGAGUCUUCACAAACUGCCCGCAAGCAAUAAAGAGAGCAACUGUGCCCACGUCUUUGAGAUUUGACCAAGACUGCUUUUGAACCAAACGCUGAGCUCUUCAGCUCCAGAAUGAAGUGAUCGCUCAGCUCCACUGAAAAACCUCCUCACCUCAGCUGAUUGUUUGUCCUUGGACUGCCUUUAACAUGAAGGAGGUUUUAAGUGCACUACAAAUUCAAGUGUCUGUUAUUAAAAGAUGUUAAUUAUUGUUAUUAUGAUUAUUAUUACGUGUUCAUUUGCUUUGUUUCUGUAAUAAUGUUGACAAUAAAUGACUGGCUAGACUGUUA